UCCGCAUUUUCUACUUGCAAGUUUUAAAUUUAGCAUUAGAAGACAACUUCCUGUUAAGCACCACCACUUUCUGUUUACAUUGCAAGGAGUUUAGGCAGUUUGGAGACCGGGUUUUGACAGGACCUUCAGCUGCAGUAUUUUCGGUAAAGAUGGAGAGGAAGGCAUUUAUCAAGCUCGACCUAAAUGAAGAUAAACAAGUCUUUCUGUUGACAACUUUGACAGAUGAAGAUCAACCUGAUUGUAAAUUUAAAUUGACUCUCUGUGAUGGACUCAAAGUCUGGAGAGGACAAGUGACUCAGAUCAACUUUGGUGAUCCAACAAAGAAAAGUAACAAAUAUCUUCAGGAGUAUCAACGACAAACUGUGGAAGCUUUCACUGGGGAGGCUACUAAUGAUAAUGAGUAUCGAUUCACACUUAAAAAUCUGGCCAAUUCAGUUGAACUCUCAUGGAAAAGAAAUGUGCCAUCAAAAGAAAUAGCGUUUCUGCUGGGUACAACGUCUCUUAAACCAUGUAACGAGGAGAAGAGCAAAGAUGUUGUAGCACAAAUAUUCCAGUACUGUAUCGACCAAACUGUCGAGUUUAAAGACCAGAUUCGAACACUGAAUAUAGAAAAUGAAAACUUAGCACAGGAGCGUGUUAAUGCUUUAAAGAGACUGGAGAAAUGUGUUGUGGCGAAAGAAGACAUGGAAAAGGACUUAUACUCCAAGUUUGUUGCGGUGCUGAAUGCUAAAAAGGAGAAGAUUCAGAGGCUGAAAGAUCAAAUAGAAAAUGGAGCUCCCACUCCUGUUGUUUCAGACAGUGAAGAAGAACCCUCAGCCAGUACCUCAGGGACAAGGAAAACAACAUCCAACGCAACAGCUGCUCGCAAGAGAAAAGCAUCAGAUGAAAGUGAGGGAGAUACAUCAGAUGAAAACCUGACACCCUCCCCUUCGAGACGAACGAGAAAGAAAGGUGCUAAACCAAGUAAAACAGAGGAUGAUGAUGGAUUAGUACUAGACGAGAGUAUCGAUACCGUCAAGUCUAAAGUCGUCAGAAGGCCUAGACGACCGCCAGGAGGGAAUAAAAAACAGACUCCAUCUAAACCGGUCCUGCCGAGAGUCAAUUCAGAUAGUUCUAACAGUUCCGGCACCUAACAAGAGAUCGAGCGUGAGGAAGUCGAAUUCUGGCCGGUCAAACAGAUCAUCUGAUAAUGUGGAUAUUGACGAUUUACUAGAUGACAUGUAGAGACAACUUUUUUGUAGAUGAAAUAAAAUUUAAUUAAUUUUCUCAAUGAAUCAUGAUGCAGUAAUAUCAACACUAAUGAUACUUGGUGACAGUAAAAUUAUGUUUUCUUAGAAAAUUUGUCAUCAGUUGGACCAACAGAUAUUCUUCACCAAACUUUUCAGUCAGACGAUUCUCCUUAUAAUCAUCAUCAUCAUCAUGAAAUUUCGAAUGAAAUUUUAACUUGGCAGCAGAGUGUCAGUUGUGUUUUUGUGAAACUUUUGACGAACAAUAGUCUAUGAUCCUAUCUAUUGUACAAUAAGUGACGUCACAUAUUACAUUUUUUUUAGGAUACUGAUCUACAUACAUAUUUAUAUUUUGUGUAAAUAAACAUAUCAAAACAA